GUUAACUCUCUGUACUCCAAUCUACGACCUCAAUAUAGUCAUGAUUGCAACGUAACAACAUGUGCUAUACAAUUAAACAAUUCUUCAAAUUUAUUAACCUACAUCACUCAACGGAAAAGCAAAAGGAAGUUGAAAUGUGGGAGGUACUAUCCUGAAGAUCUUGAAUCUUUCACAAUGUCUAACCAGUUUACGUGCAGUAGUGAUGAUGAACAAAGUCAUAGGUAUGACAAUGGAAUUCGACGUCUUCAUAAGCGUAGGAUGCACAAUGAAGUGGAAAGAAGGUGUAAGGAUAAAAUUAAUUCCUGGAUUCUCAAAAUUGGAGAAUUACUUCCUGACAGAGAUUCAAAGAGACAGAGUAAAAAUGGAAUUUUAGAAAAAGCUGUCGAGUAUAUUGACUACCUUCAAAAAGCCAAUGAAAAGCUUCUAAUGGAUAAGUGUACUGACGUACAAGUGGAAGAAAUCAGACAGAUGAAGAAACAGGUCAAAGAACUUCGUGAGCAGAAUUCAUCUUAUGUUAAGCUUCUUAAUGCAGCUGCCAUUCCUCUGAAUUCUACUCCUGAAGAAGUUUGGAGCCAGCGACCAGGAAAGUACUCAAAUAAGUUCACACCUGAGGAGGCUAGUGCCUUAAUUGAUGUGUUUCAAAAAAAGAAAAGCUUGAAUGGUUCACUGAAACAUAAUGCUAAAGUGAACUCAUCAGUUGGCCAAAACAGUACUAAUAAAGCUCAAAGGGUAGAGAAUGGUGCUUUAAACAACAGUUCUUCAGCCUCUGAUGUUGAAACAAUGAUUAUGUCAAUUCCACAAAGAAAUCUCAACGUUGAGUGUGCUGGUGACUCAGAGUCAGAUCAGUUAGAGGAUGAUGAUUGUAGUCGCAUGGCUUUGAAUAUAACUUCAAAUCCACCCGAAAGUGCACUACCUAAAACCGGAUUUAAUUCUAGUUUGAACUCUUCAGUCCAAAACAGUGUGGGUGUAACUCAAUCACAAUCUUCAAAUACAAAGAACUCUGACAUUUGCAGACAAAAUUUGUCUUUUAUUAGUGUGAAAUCUACCACUACACAACAAUGUUCCACACUAGCUUCAGUGACUAAUCGUACCAUCUCAGGUGUCACUGGCAACUUUUCAUGCAACUGAAGGUGUGAAGACUGUUGAUUCAUGUAAUGU